CAAAGAAGAACCAAACAAUUUUCCUCUUUGAAUAAACCAAAUACGAAGAGAAAGUAAAACGCUCUGCUUCUGGCUGCAGAGAAAAAGUAAAAAAAAUCCAAUAUUUUUCCCCUUUCCCCAGAAACUUAAGGAAACUUCAAACUUGCCUCUUUUAAGGAGCAAGUGCUAAGCAGAUCAAGUUUCAUUUUCUUGGAAAUUUCAGUUUUUCCUUUUCUGUUUCUUCUACAGAAGCAAAGUUGAUUCAGUCAUCAAGCAAAACAGCUUAAAACCUAUCCAAUUGGAUUGAGAGAAUUUGAAGUUUUGACAGAUUUGACACCUAAAGUUUUAGUAGUAAUAAUCAGUUGAAAGCCGGCCAGCUCACUACUUUUAUUUUCCCACCAAAGCCAUGAGACAAGGUUCAAAACACCAUUCAGAGAGAAGUUGGGCUGAAAUCUGCUGUUUUUGUUGCUUCUGCAUACAGCACUUUUGGCCAAGUGCUUUCAUGAGGAAAUUGCUGAACAUCACUCCCAGAGGCUCCGAUUACAGCGCUGAUACUGAAGAAGAAGAUGACGUUGGUUCUGAUUCUGAAACCGAAGAAUUCUUUGAAUGUAGCCAUGGAAGAGUAUCAAGGUUUAAAGAGAGCAGAGAGGAGGAGCCGCCGUCUGAUCUAAAUGAUAAUAUUACAAGGAUAAGGAGAAGGAGACGAAAGUCAGAGACUUUUAGGGCACAAUACAUAGACUCAAAGGAAAUAAGAAUAUGCGUUGGUACCUGGAAUGUUGGUGGUAAGGUUCCACCUGACGACCUAGAUAUUGAUGACUGGAUAGAUACCCAUGAGCCUGCUGACAUCUAUGUGUUAGGUCUUCAGGAGAUAGUACCAUUAAAUGCUGGGAAUAUAUUUGGUGCUGAAGAUAGCCGCCCAGUUCCAAAGUGGGAAAACAUCAUUCGUGAAGCAUUGAAUAGAAUUCGACCUGCAGCUACCAAAGUAAAAUGCUAUAGUGAUCCUCCAUCUCCAUCAAAGUUUGAGCCAUCUGAUGAUGUCCGGAAUUUAGAUGAGGAGAUAAGCCUUGAAAGUGAUAGUGAUAUUGGUGAAGAAAUUUAUCCAUUGGAUGAAGAACCCCUUGGUUUUGAUGAAUUCAAUAAUGCAGCUGAAAGUAAAACAUUGUUCACUAAUUCUGGGGUUUCAGAGUGUAAUGAUGGUUCUAAACUUGAUGUGCCGGUGGAGCAGGAUUUACAAAGGCAAUUUUCUUCUCCAAAGAAGUUAGAUAGACUGAAUUGCUUGCGGAUGGAGGGUUAUGCUGAAAAUGUAGAAGCCCCAGUCAGUCAACAAAAUGCAAAAUUUACUAGAAUGCUUAGUGGGAUUCAACAAAAUGGAAAAUUAACCAGAAUUCUUAGUGGGACUGAAAGGAUUGGUUUGAGCUGGCCAGAACCUCCACUAAAUUUGCUAUCUCAGCAUGUUUUGGACAGACCAGCUUCUUUCAAAUCAGUCAAAUCUUUUAGAGCAACCAAGUCUUUUCGAACAUAUAGUUCCUUCAGGUCCAUAAAUGACAUGGCAUCAGGAAUAGCUUUGCUUGCAGAACUUGACCUUGAAUCCCUCAUGAAGCGGAAAAGAAGAUCUUCAUAUGUAAGAAUAGUUAGCAAGCAAAUGGUAGGAAUUUUCCUCACUAUUUGGGUCCGUAGGAGUUUGCGCAAGCAUAUUCAGAAUUUGAAGGUGUCUACUGUUGGUGUUGGUGUAAUGGGCUACAUUGGUAACAAGGGAUCUAUAUCAGUCAGCAUGUCCAUAUAUCAAACACUUUUUUGUUUUAUAUGCACCCACCUGACAUCAGGUGAAAAAGAUGGAGACGAACUGAAAAGAAAUUCUGAUGUGCAUGAAAUACUUAGAAGAACUCAUUUUCAUUCUCGUUCUGCAAUUGGACUUCCCAAAAGCAUUCAUGAUCAUGAAAAAAUAAUUUGGUUUGGUGAUUUAAAUUACCGACUCAACCUGUCAUAUGAUAAAGCACGAGAUUUCAUCUCCAAGAGGGAGUGGUCCAAGUUGAUUGAGAGAGACCAGCUUGUACGAGAACUGCAAAAAGGUCGUACAUUUGAUGGAUGGUCUGAGGGUGCUUUAAAUUUUGCUCCAACAUACAAAUAUGAGUUAAAUUCAAAGAAGUACUACGGAGAAGAUCCCAAGAUUGGGAGACGAAUUCCUGCAUGGUGUGACCGCAUCCUUUCACGUGGUAAAGGAAUGAGGCAACUAAGUUAUAGGAGAACUGAGCAAAAACUUUCUGAUCACCGCCCUGUUACUGCCAUAUAUAUGGCUGAGGUUGAGGUAUUUUGUCCGAAGAAACUACAGCGUGCACUCAUCUAUACCAAUGCUGAAAUUGAAAAUGAGGAAGUUGAAGCAGAGGAUUUUGACUACUGAUGUUGGGAUGAGUCCAUUAGUUGGAUCAGGAUAGGCUAGCCGAGAGAUAUGAAGGGAUGCUAAUCUAUUCCUGAGCCUUUGAGGCUAGGGGUGAGAGCUCCUAUAACUCUUGAUAUUUCCUACACUUUAGAUUCAUUCAUUUUUUUUUUCUGUGUUACCAUAUUGUAUAUUGCAAUCAUUGUAUAAAUGCAUCAAUUCUAGGGGUUCCACAAAUAGAUUCAAGAACAAUGCCAAAUAAAAAUCAGAGCUUAGUUUGCAUGUAGGCAUUCAGCAUCUGAAUAAAGUUUUAUAAAUUUUCCCUUCUGCCAACAGCUUUUUCUAGCUCAUAAAAACUCGGUGUUGUAAAAAGAGAUAUAGUCAAUGCAUGUGUUUUGGUGCUA